AUGGUUCGACACUACUUGUAUCGAUAUUUGAGCCUUCCUCAUUCCAUGAUGACCAAUGACUCUUCGGAUCAUCAUCAUGAUGACCAGUGUAGUCAUUCCGAAUUAUUAUCUCAACAAUUACAACAUUUAAAGAUAUUUCCAUCACUCGAAUCGUCGUCGUCGUCAUCAUCAUCAUCAUUUCCACCAUUCGAACCAUCAUUGACACAACCAACAUUCUCAGACCACCACCACCCCCAUCUCCUCCACCACAUCCACAUUUCAACACUCAUUCAAACAAGUUCCAACAAGUAUCUAUUAAUCAAUGUUGGAGAAGGUACUCAACACAUUUUAUUGAAACACAAAUUACCACCCAAUCGAAUUGAAGUCAUUAUCAUUACACAAAUGAAAAAUACUCAUGUGAAUGGAUUGUGUGGAUUAUUAUCUUAUAUUUUAAUGAAAAAGACUAAAUCUGAUGAUCAACAUCGAAGUAUUCCAUUUCUCACUGUGAUUGGACCCACUGGUUUAAUUCAUUAUAUUAAAACCAUGUUUAGAAUUACUCAAACCUUUUAUGAAAAGAUUCCAAUGAUAUUUAUUGAAAUUGAUCAACAUGGAAAUAGACAAUUCUUUGAAACGAGUCAACUCAAAGAUAAAACUCUCUUUAUUGAACCUCAUUUACAACAUAAGGAAAACAAAUUAAUUGAGAAUUCUAUUUUGAAAUAUCCAAUUAAUAACAAGAUUCAUUUAUAUUUAUUUGUAAAUCCAACAACAAUGGUAUGGAAUAAUAAUAGAGCACAGUCAUCUGAAAAGACAGUAUUGAAUAUAUGCAUACGGGAAGUGAAUUCAAGUGGAUUUGAUAAACAAAAACUAGCUCACUAUGGAAUUUCUAAUAUUAAAAUUAAGGAUUUGAAUGAAAAUGGGUCGGUAGAAUUGGAAGAUGGAAGAGUUAUUACUAUGGACAUGGUUGCAACCCAUGGAAUGGUAACCAAACAAUUGGUGUACACAACCAUACCAAUGAACACUAAUGUGUCUUGUAUACAAAACCAUGACAAGAAUACAAGUGAUCAAGACAAGUCACCUACUUGUUUCAAUCCACCACAAACCAGCAAAACGAACAUUUGUUUUAUUGAGGCACCAAAUGAUCAAGUUGUGGACACCACAGACUCACCCCAUGUAUAUCCUUUACAGUACUAUUUAGCUGUAACAGAUAUUGACACAUACGAACACAAGAUUAGCUUUUGA